AUGGCCACCGUCAUUCAGACAGAUUUUUGCCAAUGGUUUGGUAACGUCAGGAAAGCGGAUUUUGAGGUGCUUUUCCAGGAACCCCUCCAACAGCGGUGCCUCUUCAGUGGCGACAUCUCCGGCAUGCCCGGUGCCACCGUGGCCAUCAGCAACUGCGAUGGACUGGCUGGCCUGAUUCGGACAGACAGCAACGAGUUCUUCAUCGAGCCCCUGGAGAGGGGGCAGCAGGAGACGGAGGAGCACGGGAGGGCGCACGUGGUGUACCGCCGAUCGGCCAUCCGGCAGGAUGGUGCCCAGCCCCACCAGGACCUCCACCCUGAAGCACCCGACGUGCGGGUGGGUGAUCUCCCCAACUCCCUGGAGCUGAUGACGCAGCGGCUGGGGGAUGCAGAGCGCAAGAGACGCCAUGCCAGGAAGGACGACUACAACAUCGAGGUCUUGCUGGCGGUGGAUGACUCAGUCGUACGCUUCCACGGGAAGGAGCACGUCCAGAACUACGUCCUCACCCUCAUGAACAUAGUAGAUGAAAUUUAUCACGAUGAGUCCCUAGGCGUUCACAUCAACAUUGUGCUGGUCAGGAUGAUCAUGGUGGGAUACCGCCAGUCAGUCAGCCUGAUAGAGCGAGGGAACCCAUCUCGGAGCUUGGAGCAGGUCUGCCGCUGGGCUCACUCGCAGCAGCGCUCUGACCCAGAGCAUGCUGAGUUCCAUGACCACGCUGUAUUCCUCACCAGGCAAGAUUUUGGUCCCGCAGGUAUGCAAGGGUAUGCGCCAGUGACGGGGAUGUGCCACCCGCUCCGCAGCUGCACCCUCAACCAUGAAGAUGGCUUCUCCUCGGCCAGGUCCACAGCUUUUCCCACCAGGUUAGGCAUGGAGCAUGAUGGCCAGGGCAACCGCUGCGCCGAUGAGACCAGCAUGGGGAGCAUCAUGGCGCCGCUGGUCCAGGCUGCCUUCCACCGCUACCACUGGUCCCGCUGCAGCAAGCAGGAACUCAACCGCUACAUUCACUCCUACGACUGCCUCCUGGAUGACCCCUUUGAGCACCAGUGGCCCACGUUACCCGAGCUGCCGGGCAUUAACUACUCCAUGGACGAGCAGUGCCGCUUCGACUUCGGCGUGGGCUACAAAACAUGCACGGCAUUCCGCACAUUCGACCCCUGCAAGCAGCUGUGGUGCAGCCACCCGGACAACCCCUACUUCUGCAAGACCAAGAAGGGGCCACCCUUGGAUGGGACUGAGUGCUCUCCAGGCAAGUGGUGCUUCAAGGGUCACUGCAUCUGGAAGACAUCGGAGCAGCCCUACAGCCAGGACGGCAGCUGGAGCUCCUGGUCCAAGUUCAGCUCGUGCUCCAGGACCUGUGGGGGAGGUGUGCGCUCGCGCAGCCGGAGCUGCGACAACCCGCCCCCAUCGUAUGGCGGGCGCCACUGCCCGGGAGCCACCUACGAGUACCAAGUGUGCAACGCUGAGGAGUGCCCGGGGCCCUACCAGGAUUUCCGUGCCCAGCAAUGCUCCAAGCGCAACUCCUACUACACCCACCAGAACAGCAAGCACUCCUGGCUUCCCUAUGAGCACCACGAUGAUGCUCAGAAGUGUGAGCUGAUCUGCCAGUCCGAGGGAACGGGGGACGUGGUGUUCAUGAAUCAGGUUGUUCACGACGGUACCCGGUGCAGCUACCGAGACCCCUACAGCAUCUGUGUCCGGGGCGAGUGCGUGCAUGUCGGCUGUGACAAGGAGGUUGGCUCCCUGAAGCAGGAUGACAAAUGUGGCGUCUGCGGGGGGGACAACUCCCACUGCCGGACUGUGAAGGGCACACUGGCCAAGACCCCCAAGCAGCCAGCGGGUAUUUUGAAGAUGUUUGAGAUUCCGGCUGGGGCGAGGCACCUUCAGAUAGAAGAGAUGGAGCCGACGUCCCACAGCAUCGCUGUUAAGAAUCAAGCCACAGGUAACUUCAUCCUUAAUGCCAAGGGCAAAGAAGCGAGAAGCCAUGUGUUCAUUGAGAUGGGCUUGGAGUGGGAGUAUACCAUUGAACAUGGGAAGGAGAACCUGAAAACCAGUGGUCCUCUGCAUGACGCCAUCAGCAUUUUGGUCAUCCCUCAGGAGGAGGAGGCGAGGAGCAGCCUGAUGUACAGGUACAUCAUCCAUGAAGACCUGCUGCCCAUGAUCGGAAACAACAAUGUCCUGCUUGAGGAGAUGGAUUCCUACGAGUGGGCCCUCAAGAGCUGGUCUCAGUGCUCCAAGGCGUGCGGAGGAGGUAAGCAGUUUAGCCGGGGGGGCCCCCGCACCCAUUGCCUCACUGCCCGGAAGAGCGACAACCGGAUGGUGCAUAGGAACUUCUGCGACAAUGGCAAGAAGCCGAAGCCGAUCCGUCGGCGCUGCAACCUCCAGGAGUGCUCCCAGCCUGUGUGGGUGGCGGAGGAGUGGGGCGCCUGCAGCAGGUCCUGCGGCAAGCUGGGGGUGCAGUGCUCGACGAGUUGCGGGGAAGGCGUCCAGCAGCGACAGGUGGUUUGCAAAGGCAGCGAGAGCGGUGGGCGCUGCGAGGGUGACAAGCCAGAGGCUGUCCGGGGAUGCAACGUGGCCCUCUGCCCAGGGGAGGUCUCUGGCAUCACUGUGAGCACCAAUGCCACUGACCACGUCACGCCUAAAGGGCAGCGGGUGGCCCAGGAUGGACCCAAAAACCCAGUCAGCAAGAUCUCCUCCAGGGAGCCUUGCCUCGGGGACAAGUCCAUCUUCUGCCAGAUGGAGGUCCUGGCCCGCUACUGCUCCAUCCCUGGCUAUAACAAACUCUGCUGCGAAUCCUGCAGCAAGAAAGCCUUGUCUACCACCGGCUCACCCCCCGCCCCCGGCCCCAGCACUCCCCUGGGAACCUCAGUUCCCAGCCCCACUCCGCCGCUCUCUCCCGGCCCCGUCGCCCCUCCGUGGCUUUCCCUGGGGGACGGCUGGCCCCGAGCGAGCUGGGCAGGGGCCAGGCAGCCAGGAUAUGGCUUUAGUGCCAUACGCCUGCUCUGGCAGUGCCUGCUGCUGUUGGUGUAA